AUGCAUCUUAAUUACACUAGAAAAGACAUAAAGAUGACCAUAGCAAAUGCAAGUGUGAAAGCAACAUUCCAGCAGAGACCUCGCUCAUCAUCCUCUCUAGGCGACAAACUACACAGCCUCGGUCAUAUCCAACGGAAUGAGGAUGUAGAGAAGAAUGUACGGGGACUCAGUCUGGACCGAGAAGACGAAGCAGGAAGAAGUCUGGACGAAGGAUUAGAAAACCAUUGUAUCACAUAA